AUGCUAACUUUAGCAGAAACCGGACAUCAAGAUAUAAUUAACAAGUUUGGUGAAGAAUUUGAAUUUCGAAUCGGGUCAAGUUUUAAAAAAAAGAAUCUUGAAGUUGACACAGAAGAAAUAGAUUUUACAAAUGAGGCAACCAUAAAGUUAGCAGAGAGUAAAGAAACAUUUGAAAUUAAUUAUAAUGAACAAAAUGGGGCAGAGUAUCCACUAAAAUUAACAGGACAUUUGGUUGAAGAUCGUCAUAAUAAUAAUACUUAUGAUCCAGAAGCCAUUAAAAAAUGUUUAAUGAUUUUUGAUGAGGAAACAAACACAUGGUCAUUAGAAAUUGUGAAAUCUAGUUAUCAUGUUAAUACAGGUGAAUUUGAUAAUUUUGAAACAUCUAAUUCAGCUUCAUCUGAUGAUAGUAGUAGUAAUGAUAGUUCAUCUGAAAAUGGUAAUGACAAGGAUGAUUCAGAUUCUGGGGAAUCAACAUUGAAUCCUGAAUUUGUUGAACUCACAUCAAUGAUGAAAACUUCAUUGAAUCAAGAAAACAGAAUCAAUAACUUAAAUUGUACUAAGAUAAAAAUAAAUAACAAGUUGAAUGUUGCAGCAAAUCAUAAUUCAUGUCCUAUGUCAUUAGAACAAUUUUUGGGUGGUGGAGAAAAAGAAGAAAAUGAUGAUGAAAAUGGUUCCUCAUCAUAA